CACACACCACCACUUGCACCCGCAAUAUCCGCCAAUCACAGUCAACUCGGAAACUACAAAUCGAAUUGAUCACUCGACCAAUGAAAUCGAUUACGAAGCCUGUCCAAUUUGAUAAAAUUCCAAGUGUUGUUCAGCAUUCUUCAGUUGGUAAUCCUCAAUCUCCUGCUGCAAUCUCCGCGUAGUUUGAUAUACGGACUUUAACCUUUACUUGACGCAGGCAUUUGAAUGACGUGAUCGGUGCGUGUAGUGUAAUACAAUGUCAACCGAUAUUUAAAACCAAUCGAUUUUAAGUUCAAGACUCGAGGAGGGAUGUUAGUAGACCCCCUGUGGAACCACGUGGGUGCGUUCAGGUGCGUUCUAUCUGCCACUUGAAAAGAUCGAAUUACAUAAAGUGAGGCAGCGUUGUGCUCGCGAGUCAUGGCCAGUCGUGAACGUGUUGGAGUAUUUGUCCCAAGUUUCGCUUCGCCGCGGCUAGUUCCUUGCGAUUCGUAAGAUGAGCAUAAUGAGGAACGAUCCGUUCGAGACAGUUCGAGAUCGUCCGCCACCGAGGUCACGUCGCGCGAUAUGGAACGCGAGAACUGCGAGAAAAGGAAAAACUUGGAUGUGGUCACAUCGUUAGAUGAACAAGUACAUUGUGGAACGCGCGGAAAUCUAUAGCACCGUUCAUGGUAUUAAUUUUCUAAAGCGAAAAGACUUGAAAAAACUUUACAUGUGUUAAAAAUGAUUGAGGAUUAUUGUUAUUUUGUCAAGGUCGCGAGCGCGGUGAAAGAAUAAACUGGGAAUUUGUACAAAAUACAGAAGGAAGAGAGUGAACUGUCACUUUUCACGUCAAGAAGAAUCGGUGAGUGAAGAGGUGGUGAUGAAAGACUAUUAUAUUUUUAAUAUGUUUUUACAAAGUAAAGAAAUGAAGCAAAAGGAGGAAAGAGAGAGAGAGAGAGAGAGAGAGAGAGAGAGAGAGAAAGGAAAAGCGGAACAAGAGUCAACAUAUUAGAAGAAUCGACUCAAAUUACCGUUUUUAAUGAAGGAACAUAUGACAGUGGAUAGGAAGAACUAUUUAUUCUAUACACUAAAUUUAUAAUACUAAAUAAGAUUUUGGCAUAUUAAUCUUAAUUUUUAACGAGUUUUGACUAAAAUGAUAAUCUUUCUUCAAAUAUAUUCGCUGUUAAUGAAAUAAUAUUUAAUAGGAAAAAUUAUAAUACGCUGAAUAAUGAAUAUUGAAAAGAAAAACAUAAUACCAAGUUAUAAAAUGGGAGGAGAAGAAGGGAAGACGCGCGGGAGAAAACGGGAGGACGAGCAGCUAUAUAUGACAUUAAAUAUUGAGAAAUAAUAUAUAAACAUAUAUUCGAAAAAAAAAGACAGCAAUAAAAAGCAAGAGCGAGAUCGGGAAUGCUAAACGGAAAGCGUGCGACGAUCGUCGUCCGAUGGUGCUCUUCGCGGGACACGCAGCACGUGCCACUGGAGCACAGAAGAUUCCGGCGCGUUCAUGGCCUGCAGCUGCCGCUGCAUCCUCAGCAGAUUGUCGGUUGGGUGCUGUUAAUCGUCGUGUUCGUCGGUACUUUCAUCGUGUUGCUGACGACGCCGCUGUUAUUACCCGAUCUACGCUUCAUCCUCUCGCUACUGUUCGCCGCCUUGUUCCUGCUGCACGUUUUGACCCAUUUGACGGUGUUGCUGCUGGACCCGGCCGAUCCGGAGGUCCGCGCUCGACCAGCUCGCGCGGUCGUACCGGAGUUCGACCGAGCAAAGCAUCGACACGUCAUCGAGAAUGGCCGAUGCCACCUUUGUAAUAUAACGACGCGUGAACGACGCACCAAACAUUGCUCCAUUUGCAACAAGUGCGUGCCGCGUUUCGACCACCACUGCAAGUGGUUGAACAAUUGCAUCGGUGGCCGUAAUUAUCCGGCGUUUCUGGUGUGCCUGACGUCGACGCUCGUCGUCGCACUCGCGGUCACCGCGCUCGCCCUGGGCGAGCUGGUGCUCGUUAACGCACCCUUGCUCGUCAACCGCGACGAACCGUGGAACAAUGCCAACGACACGAGCAUGAGCAACGCCACGGCGACGCCGCCGCCGUUGUUGCCGGUGCCCGGCACCGGCUCGCUCGUCCUCGUCACCGUCAUCGGCGUCCUCUCGGCCAUUGCCGCGGUGCUGCUUAUACAUCUCUGCUUCUUUCACGGCUACAUCGCCUGCCUUGGUCUCACCACGUACGAAUACGUGCGCAAUAAACGAGAGAGAAACAUCGGGGGUGCUGCUACCAACUCUAGAACGACAUCUACCGCUGGCCAUCUGUGUGGCAUGCCUUAUUGUGCCGCUGCAGCUGAUGGGGAGGACAUCGAUCCGAGGAUGGUGCGACCUGGUGCGCGAGGCGAUUGCCUCUAUUCUCGCUUCUGCGAGAACGGUCCUUUACUUAAAAAUAAUACCAAGACAACGAGAAUGACGAUGGCAACAACGGACGUGUACGUUUGUUCGAUGCACGAGGAAACGCGGUCGCCCGACGUCGCUCGCGAUGAGGCAACAGCGAUUAAUGGAAAUGCCUGCUCCAAGACGUUGCCCUCGAUGAAAAAUAGUCGGAAUUUUCGUCUUUGUUUCUCGUACGAUUCGCGCACCACCGAAACCUCCAUUCAAGUCUCCUCCUCGCAAACGACAGACGCGAUGGAAUUGAGAAACCUGCACGGUGAAUCACCGGAUGCCAAAUCGUCCUCCACGCCUUCGCCGGUGUCUUGUUGUUUCUCCAUCAUGAACCAUCCCGACCAUGGCAGUAGGCACGACGGAAACGGGCGAAAGCGUCGCGUCGGCGAGCAUCGCGCCGAACCCACGAAACGCUCCUGCGGAACGAUGAGAAGAAUACAGACUUUUCUGCAGACUCGCCUCAGGAAAGGUUCGAGACAACGGUUGACAACCUCGUCGUCGUCGGCGAUCGCUCGUCAUUACGGCAACAAGAUAAUCCCGCAGGCAGGCAGUCCUCCGGACAUUGCACUUGCCUUAACCGAGGAUCAGGAUCGGACUGUCGAAGCAGUGACUGGAGAGCUGACAACGCCACCGGAUUGUCCACGUCCGCCAGCGAGGCUACCCGCCCUAGAUUUUUCGCGCACUAUUCGCAAAAUUAGAAAAGUAUCCUCGAAUACCGCUGACAUUUCCGUCCUAGGACAGAUGCCGCCCUCCGUGAUACCUAAACGAAGUCAAGCUCAUCUUCGCGCACGGCGAAGCGCGAGUUUCUCUAAGAAGAGGCCGCGCUUCAAGGUCGGCUCGCACGUCGUAACGCAGACCGCUCAACUGUCGCCCAUACCGGAGUCGGAGUUUUCGAAACCGGCUACACCGAGAUCGCCGUCGCGACCGGGCUCUAUCUUUGCCUUCCCACCAUUACACGAAUAAUGUCCGAGACGGAGUCACCUGACAAAGAGGAUGCCACCUCGACGAAGAGGACUAAUCUUUGGGAAGAUUUGGGUUCACCGCGUUAC